UUCCUGAAUGUUCUCAUCGAGUUUAGUUUUGUAUUUAUAUACAAUGUUGACAUUUGUUUGUUUUACAUGCAAAUAUUUAUAAAAUGAUUUAAACUGUUAACAGUUACAUGUUUUAUGCUUUUCUAAACAUAUACAGCUUCUCCUCUGGGAUCAAACACAUGACGCGUUUAUAACCAGAACUUUUACUAACAGGAAAAUUUUAACUUUAACAUUUUAAUGACCGAACAAUCACAGUGUGGAUGAACAUGUGUUGGCAGUUUCUAGCAUAAUCACAGCUGACAGUGUUAUAUGAUAGUUUCUGUGUGUUUGGUUUUACAGAAAGAAACGGCUGCUUUGACCAGUAUCCGCAUUAUUUCAACAUCUGUGUCCCAAAUUAUAAUCAGAAAAUUUAAAACUUCUCUGAAGUAUAAAGACUUUUUGUGUUAAACAUUUUGACAAAAAUGUGACAAAAAUGUUUCUGCCACAAAAUUAUUGAUAGAGAAAAUAUUGAAAUAAAUGCAGCAGUGAUUUAAAAAGACUUAAAUAACCUGAUGCUUAUGUACCUGUGAUCAUCAUGUGAAAGUCAGGUUUGGUGUCUUGUGUAAUUCUGUGAUUACCACAUUUCUGGCAUCGUGACAGCUCUGCUCUCUCCACCUGCACAGAGAGUGAGACACCUGAUGGUAUGCUGAGUGUGAUCAAUGAGAGAACAGAGUCCAAAAUUUACACAAACGAAAGAAAUAUAUAGUCAGAAUCAAAAUCACUGAUUUCCAUUUCACUCUUUGAGGUCACAAAGAUGCUCUGAGAUCUUCUUCCACAGCCUAACACAACCAUUCCUUUCCCCAGGCCAUCACUUACCACCACGAAACUGGUCAUGUUUGUGCCUCCAGACUCCUUCAUGUCUGUCACGUUUCCUCAGUAUAGACCUGAGUACCCUCAGAAACAUGCCUCAGUAGCUUCAGUAGGUGGAGGUCACUUUGUAGGGCUCUGGCAACGCUCCUCCUCUUCCUCCCUGCAGAAAACCUGUGGAGCUUGAAUCUGCUGCAGAUACUGUCUCAUGCCAUCAGCAGAGAGGAGGACAAUAACAAAAAGUAAACCAGAGAAAAGUCAGGAGGAGGGAUAAGAGCAGAGUGUUACCACUAUGGGGCUUUGCCUUGCUCUUGUCUUCUCAGUAUACAUGUUGUUGCCCUAAUUUGCACCAAUGCAGCUGAAAUGGAUUCAUAGUGGUUUAUGUCUCUGAACUGAUGCUUGCCUCAGUGUCCUGACACAUGCUCAGUCACAGAGGGAAGGAAAGCCCGGAAAGUUGAUUCUUUGCACGUUGAUGUUGCAUUUUCAGUCUCUAAGGCUGAAGAAGUCACAUAGGUAAGUUAAAUGUUUCUCCCACUGAAAACACAACAUACAGAAUAGAAGUUAGAACAGAAUCAACUCUCUGGCUCCUCCAUUAAUGUUCUGAGCAGCCUGUGUGCAGAGAUGUGGUAAGUUUGUUUGCUGAUGUCUGUGUACCUCUCUUCUGUAUGUGUUUGCUGUCUCAGGUGUUUGUCUUUGACCUUGACAUAUUGGGACGUGGCCAGCAGGGGACUGAGCAGAAACAGUUUGUAACAUGGUGUGUAAUAUUCACCGGGCAGGGUCCCCUCGCCCCCGAGGGGGGCUGCUGGUCCUGUUUUCACUCAGCUGCAUGCUGUUCUCGUCUCUGGCAGAGAAGAACAACAUCCCCCAUGGCUUUCCCUCCAUUGAUUUGGGCCCCGAGCUUAAAGUUGUUGAAAAAAGCAGAACUGCCACAAUGCUGUGCUCUGCCAGUGGAAACCCAGACCCAGAGAUCUCGUGGUUCAAGGACAUGCUUCCUGUGAAUAUCAGCAGCAGCGACGGGUGCCUCAAACAGCUUCGCUCAGGAGCGCUGCAAAUUGAGAACAGUGAGGAGUCGGAUCAGGGGAAAUAUGAAUGUGUCGCCACAAACAGCCUUGGUGUGCGUUACUCUGGUCCCGCCAAUCUCUACGUACGAGUACGAAGAGUCCCGCCCAGAUUCUCCGUUUUACCCUCCAACCAGGAAGUGAUGGCAGGCAGCAGUGUCAGUCUAACAUGUGUAGCAGUGGGCUCACCAAUGCCAUAUAUCAAGUGGACCAUGGGCUUGGUGGACCUGUCCAAAGAAGACGAGAUGCCAUUAGGGCGCAGUGUGCUGGAGCUCACCAACAUUCAAGAAUCAGCUAACUACACAUGUGUGGCCAUGUCUAGUCUGGGCAUGAUUGAAGCUACUGUUCAGGUUACUGUGAAAGGCCAGGACGCAGAUCCUCUCAUCACUGGAUGAUUGUGCGAGACACUUUUCCCUGGACCUGUGACCUACCUGCUGCUUGGGACAUGAAUGAUUGGGUGUGUAGAAUCGUGAGGUGGAGUGUGAGUGUGAGAGAACCUUCACUUUUCCUGAACUUUCCUUUUCCUGGACCUGUGGAACCCCGGAUUCCCCUCCACAUGUAUAUAUAUUGUAAAUAAAACCUGUACUGUCUGCGCCUGUGUCCUCCCCAAUAUCCAAAAUGAUCAGAGUGUUAAAAUAGAGCUUUUCCACAUUUGCUAAUGGCAAAGGAUCUUAAUUCUUAUUCAAAGAUAAAUUAAAGUAUAAUUUUGCUUAAUAUGUUAAUAGUGAAAAUGGCUGUUCUAAUGUCUGAAUGUUAUGUGUGUGUGCACAUGAUCCAGCUUCAACCUCGGCAGUUCUGUGUCUGCAGGAAUGUGGAAGAUAAGAAACGUGUCACCAACACAUGAUUAUACAUGUUUUUGACUAAGAGGUAUCAAGUGUAUUAAUGAUUAAACACAGAAUCACAAUUUAUGUGGUUUUACUGAUGGUUAAUUGUGCUUAAUUGCUUGAUACUGAUAAAAAUAUAACCUGGUAUAAGUUUAACCGAUAUUAAAAAAACUAAUAAUAAGAAGAAAAUAUAAUUUCUAAUGAUUAUUCUAAAAACAGGCCUGAAGCUGAGAGCUUGGCAUGUGUGGAAAGAUGGGAGAGAAUGAAAGACGUGGAGAAGCCAAACGAUGUCUGACUUUACAAAUAUAUGAUUUAAUAAAAAUAAAUUGUAUUGAGUAUAUUGUGACCAUGAAACUGAGUUAAAAAGUAUUUCUAUACAACCCAAAUCAAAGGGAUUAUGCUGAAAUGAAAGUUCUUGUGAAAAUGUUCUGAUGGAGCCUAAUUGAAGACCAAAUGGUAUAAACUGAAUGAAACAGGGAGUGAAGCAUAUCCAUAUUAGAGAUGGCGUGAUAACACUUUUUUAUGUCCGGUACGAUGUCAUAAAUUUGGAUAUCUGCCAGCAUCCAUGUGAAUCUGAUACAGUCUAUUUUAUAUUCAAUAAAACAGAU